CAAGCAAAGAAUAUGAAAAGAAACAAUAAUCUAAGGAAACAAAUCAAAAGUACAAACAAUGAGACUAAAGGAAUUGAUACACAAUGAUAAGAAAUAAUAAAAAACAAUAAAGAAAUAAUCAGAACAGAAGCACAAAUCAAAAGUUCAAACACCUGUAAAUUAUGACAUUUCAGUGUCCAGAAACAGGAAGAAAACCUAGAAUCAGGCCAAAUUUUCACUGCUACUGUUAUUAUGAAGAAGCUUUGUAUAAUUUUAAUGCAUUACUAAUAUUUUAAUCAUUUGAUUAAGUUGAUAGAUAUUAUUAUUAUUGUCUCUUGAACCACUUAGGGCCUUCUCUGAAAUCCCUGACCCAUUUCUCUGGCCUAGUAAAACCUUAAGAUAUAUUUAUAAAUCAGCUAACAUGUGUGAAAGUAAAUAAGUGCAGUAAAUUACCCAACGUAGCCUGGAUCACAUGGGAGGAACAUCAGUACCCUCGGGUAAUGUAUCCUGCUUUCAUUGCAUGUUGUUUGCAUGUGCUUGUGUUGCAUGGUGUGUUGCUUCCCAUGCUGUUUUUUUCUGCUUCAAUCUGCUGAGCUUCAGCUCUCACACACUUUCCCUGUGAAUGAGUGCCUUGUCCCUCCAUCAGAUCUGCUGAGCUAAGACCGAGGAAGAAGGAGGCGUAAAAGGAAACGUAAUUAAGCCUGCAGAUAAUUUUGAUGACAGCAGCAAAAAAGGGGGAUUCGGCUUAUGGUCAGUAAUUGUGGUCGGGACACUUUGACCCCUGCUCAUGUGCAGAGUGACUAAGAGGGAUGAGGGUGGGGCGCAGUGUGAGUCCCGGGGGGAGGAAACCAGCUCUGAUCAUACAGAGAGCAUAUGUGAGACGGACAGUAGCGUGUCUCUGCAGCACAUUGAUAGUUGCAAUUGACAGAUGGUCAGUGAAGGCAUGCAGAGUUCAAAUAUCAAUGUGGAAAGGAGAUUUAUUGAAAUCAAAUAAAAUAUAGAAUGAAGGCGUAAUUUAGAAGAGGUUUCCAAAUGGACUCGUCUCAAUUCGUUUUAUUUAACAGCUCACUGUAAAAACCCCAUAGGAACUAAAUAAGUUCAUUCCUGGGGAUUUUAAUAAGGACUAUGGGUAACCUAAUUAACCACAUUUUUAAUGCCAUUGGUGUCUUAUUAGGAAUAUUCAGCGCUAGGCACACUUGUGCUAAUACACUAAAGUGAUAAUAAUGGCGCUAACUUUCUGGUUAGCACGCCAACGUUUUAGCGAAUUUUAAAAUCACACUUAGAUUUUCCUGAAUUGAAUUUCCUAAAACCUAAAUUCUAAAGUGUUAAUUUACUUGGACAUUUUGUAAACUUUCAGUUGAAUAAAGUUUGACAUCGAUGUUGACGUUUUGUUUAACAGCUGUUAAGAAUUAUUUGAGUAGUAAGGUAUCGGGGACCACAUAAUUUUAACCAUUUUCAGCUGCUGCGGUUCGCUUUCACGCUGCAAACCAAAUCCUCUGAGCAAACCGUUCCCCUCCUGGCCUGUAGUGGCGCUGCACCAAACACCACUAAAAGAAGCCACAUAGAAACCUCUGAAGAAGACAAUGAGCGCCACUUCCUUCACGAAAUGUAAACAAAAAUGGAGUGACGUCAGAGGCGAUACUUCCCUCAAAGAGAUGGAUGUGGCACCCAGGGCCCUGGCGCUGCUCGCCCUGCUCAGCCUGUUGCCUGCACCCGCCUUGGGAGGAUGCCCGUCUGCUUGCCGGUGCUCUUUUGCCAUGCUGCAGUGCCUGGAGCCCAAUGGGAUAAGCAGCAUCCCACCACUGGCGCUUCAAGAGAGUGAGAACGUGACGGAAAUCUACAUUGAAAACCAAGCAGGUCUGGAGAACAUAACAGAGGCCAACCUUGCUAACUACAGAGAGCUGAAAAAUCUAACCGUCACAUCAUGUAAACUGAGGUUCAUUUCUGCAAAUGCUUUCCAAAACAACCAGAAGCUGCAGUAUGUGAACCUGGCGUCGAACUUUCUGGAGCACAUCAGCUGGAGAGUGUUUCAUUUUCUGCCUCUGCUCAACCUGAUUUUAAGGGACAACCCUCUCAUCUGCUCAUGUGACCUCUUCUGGCUGCAGCAAUGGCAGAACGAGGAUCGUGGCGACAUCGACAGCCAAAUGCUGUUUUGCUUGUCCAACGAUGAGGAAUUUCCCCUCAGCUCUUUGGUGAUCGAUAAUUGCAGUUUGCCUGAGGUGACCAUUAACGCACCACAACUGACGACCAGAGAAGGAGGAAACCUCAUGUUCGAAUGCCAUGUGAUAGGAAGUCCCACCCCCAAAGUGAUGUGGCAAACGAAAGAACUUGCAUCUAACUUUACUGUCCAGGAGAUAAUCACGGGCUCCACGUUAACUCUGGUGCUUCUUCUCACCAACGUCUCCUUCAAGGACAACAUGCACAACCUGACAUGUGAGGCCGAGAACCAAGCUGGGCCCAACGAGGGGAUGGUGCAAUUGGACAUUGAGUUUCCAGCCAAAAUCAUCUUCUUCAAGGACGCCGUGAAACACCACCACUGGUGCUUCCCGUUCGCUGUGGACGGGAAUCCUAACACGCACAUCUCCUGGUUCUUCAAUGGAGAACCGUACAGAAAAAACAACUUCAUCUUCAUACAGUACAUCCCGGACUCGAACGACGGGUCAGUGAAGCACGGCUGCCUAACCUUAAACAAGCCGACCCACAUGAACAACGGAAACUACACUCUGGUUGCGGUGAACGAGCUCGGAGGGGAAAAUGCCACGGCUUUCGGGAUGUUUAUGGAAAAUCCUUUUGAUAAAGGUGAUCCUGAGGGGAUCAUUAUUGUCUCUAAUGGGUAUCCAAGUAAGUUCUCAACUGACGAUGACUCCUUAAAGUUUCUGUAUAUCUUCUCAGUACUAACUUCCUGUGUAUUUUAUCUCUCAGGUCCAUCAAACAAACCGGUCGUGGACAUUACAGAGAAUUCAGAGAGUCGGGUGUUUGUGGUCUCUGUUGCUGUGGGCCUCGCUGUGUUCACCUGCAUCUUUCUGCUCAUCACAGUUUUGAUCAUUAACAAGUGUGGUCAGCAAACCAAGUUUGGUAUUCACCGCUCAUCAGUUCUCGGUAAGGAGGAUGACCUGGCCGUCUCACUCCGCUUCAUGAAUUUCGGGACCAGCCCGCCUUCCUCCGACGAAGACUCUGGUUUAUCAAGUUUUGUGGAGAACCCGCAGUACUUCUGUGGCAUCAUCAAGGACAAAGACAUGUGUGUGCAGCACAUUAAGCGGCAGGACAUUGUGUUGAAGUGGGAGCUAGGUGAAGGAGCGUUCGGCAAAGUCUACCUGGCAGAGUGUGCGAACCUCAGCCCCGACAGCGACAAGAUGCUGGUUGCCAUUAAGACUCUGAAGGAUGCCAACGAGUCGACGCGGCAGGACUUCCAGCGGGAGGCCGAGCUGCUGACGGUCCUGCAGCAUCAACACAUCGUGCGUUUCUACGGCGUGUGCACAGACGGCGAGCCGCUGGCCAUGGUGUUCGAGUACAUGAGACACGGAGACCUCAACCGCUUCCUUCGAGCUCACGGGCCGGACGCUCGGAUCCUGGAGGAGUCCAAGUUGCCCGCGCUGGGGCAGCUGACUCUGCCCCAGAUGCUGCAGAUCGCCGCCCAGAUCGCCUCAGGCAUGGUUUACCUGGCGUCGCUGCACUUCGUCCACCGCGACCUGGCCACACGCAACUGUCUGGUGGGAGAAGGCCUGGUGGUGAAAAUCGGAGACUUCGGUAUGUCCAGGGACAUCUACAGCACAGACUACUACCGGGUUGGUGGACGUACGAUGCUGCCGAUCCGCUGGAUGCCCCCGGAGAGCAUCAUGUACAGGAAGUUUACAACGGAGAGCGACAUCUGGAGCUUCGGAGUCGUUCUUUGGGAAAUCUUCACCUACGGCAAACAGCCCUGGUACCAGCUGUCCAACAGUGAGGCCAUUGAAUGCAUCACGCAGGGCCGGGAGCUGGAGCGGCCCCGGACCUGCCCCAAGGAGGUGUACCUGCUGAUGCACGGCUGCUGGCAGAGGGAGCCCCAGCAGAGGAUGGUCAUCAAGGACAUCCACAGCCGCCUGCUGGAGCUGGUCAAGAACCCGCCCGUUUACCUGGACAUCCUGGGCUGAAGCGGGCCGAGACGCAGCCAGGGAGCAGAAAUCAAAGACUCAAAAGUGUCGGGAUUUACGUAAACGCUUAUGUUGCUUCAUUUAAAGCUUUAUUUUUAUUUUGGCCCCAUUUCUACUCGACUCAGAGUCCUGCUUUUUGCCCUGAGCUGCUCUGGAAAAAUGUCAAAUGUUUACCAAAGUGUUUAAAAGUUUAUCUGCUGUGGGAUCAGUGGGAUGGGACGUGCAUGGAAAGUGUUGAAGAUUUAAGAUUUUGCAGCUUAAAAGAAAAAGUGUUUUCUGGAUUUGGAUGCAGCAGGAAGGUAUUUGUGCAACUGAUCUGAGUGGGAGGUUCAUGUAAAUGUAAAUAAGAAAAACCCAAUGAAAGAAUGUUUUUCAUGUGUCAAAUUGUCUGUAUCAUAUACUUAUUUUUCAAAAAAAAAGAAAAAGAUUUGUUGAAUAUGAAGUGGAGAGAAUAAUCCCCAUGUUUACAUUUAAUGUGGACAGAAAUGCGUUUCCAGUCGGCGGCGGUUUGACCUGCGACACACACUCCACACUGGCUCUUUCUUCAAAAUUAGCAACAUUUUAACAUGCGACUGUGAGAAAGAAAGGGGAAAAAAAUCAAAGCACUGCAGUGAAAUCCAGUAAGAGGGCGAGAUGGAGGGGGGGUGAAAGCCUGAGAUGGUUUGAGAGGCAACAGAUGGAUUAAAGAGCAACUCCAGGAGGGACAGAUGGCGCUGGAAGAGAAACUGGAGAAAAAAAAAA